AAAGUACACACCUUAAUAGUCAAUACCGCCUGAGUGAAAAACAAAAACCUUCAAGUAGUGACAACUGCAAAAGAGCAAAAAAAUCGCCAUGGAAGGAGCUUCGUCCUCCUCUCGCAAGCGCCCUUUCUUAGAAGAAGAUGACGACUCCAACAAAAACAAGGAAAAGAGAGUGAGAUUUCCGAAAAAGAAGAAAUUGAAGGCAGGAGGACCACCUGAACCGGUGGCAGUGAAGGAGGAAGAUGAAUUGGCUGCGCUGCCUGAUCUUGCGGACCCUCGGCACGCUGCGAAAGAGCGGGCGAAGCGCCGCGGUCAGAUGACUACUCAACUAUUCACUGAGGAUGGUGAGGUUGAGUUAGCUCACAUUGCUUCUGCUGAAGUUGAUUAUAAGGAGAAUGAAUCUUUUGUUGAUGAUGGUAUCCAAUUGGAACCUUUUAAUUUGGAAAGAGAAAGGGAAGAAGGUUAUUUUGAUGAAGCGGGGAACUUUGUGGAAUAUGUACCUGAAAAGGAAGAGAAGGAUGCAUGGCUUGAUAGUCUUGCAAUGGACCCAACUCUUGCAGAUAGGGUCUCUACUAUUCCUAAUAAUGACGAUGAAGAGCAAGAGUUAUCUUCUGAUGAUGUUGGAAAGAUAAAGCGCCGCAUAGCCAGUGUUCUUGAACCUGGUGAAACAGUUUUGCAAGCAUUAAAGAGAUUAAAAGGUUCAAAUGACAAGAAAGUGAAGAUGUCACCAGAAACAAAGUGUGUUUUUGAUCAACUUACCGAAGAUGCCAUGAGGCUGAUGGAAACCGGCGAUUACAAUGUUUAUCAUGAAGAACGGGAGGUUUUUGAACGCGAGGCAGAAGGAUAUGAGGCCCUUGCUCGUGCAAGAAACAAUGUUGUAUCUGGAAUUGGGGAUGAUGCAAUGGACAUGUUUGCUGAUGAAGAUAAUGAUGUGGUUGCAAAAUCUGAGCAGACUAAUCACGUCUCUAGUGUAGGCACAAGUACUCAGCUGGCUGCGGAAAAUGGAAACCAAGAUUCAGGGAGCUCUUGGGCUGGGCAAAGUGACUAUGUAUAUGAUGAGGCAUCUGGUUACUAUUACAGCAGCAAUCUAGGAUACUAUUAUGAUCCCUCAACCGGGUUGUUUUGCUCUGCAUCAUCGGGACAAUGGUACAAGUACAAUGAGGCCAGUGGUGCUUAUGAUGAAGUUCAGUCGGAGACUGAAGCACCAUCAAGUGCUAACUGAUGACAAUCAAUUUGCUUUGGUGGUUGAAGAAAUGAUCCCUUGUUAAGCAAAGUUGCUCAUCAGAUCGUGAAUUCAGUUGUAGUUGUACAGGUACAAGUACAAAUGAAAAGGUGCCUUACUUAAGGAAGAUCGACCGGAGACAAACAUCAGAUGCAAGCUGGUUAUCAUGCGAAUGAGGUUUCUGGUUAGUUUUUACGUGUAGUUGAGUUUUGAAGAUGAGAUUUCCUGGAUCUUUACAUCAAAUUUAUUCACAAUAUAGGAAUGUAAAUUCUUUACCCACAACCGUUUCCUUUGCACUAUUUAUUUCUUAAUGGCUGUGUUAGGUUGAUAAAAGGUUCGCAUUCCUGAGAGAAGUGAAUCCCUUUGACGUGAAUAUGAUCGAUGUUCCUCGGUAAAAUUCAGUGCAUCUAUAGCAAAGCAGAACCCAAAAGUUAAACCAUCAUGUAUUUUAACAUGAAAAAGUUUGGCUUAGUAGUUUAGUAGUUAUGUGACAUUUGAUUUACUUAACUAAGAAAUCUGUAGCUAGGAAUGAGGAGUUCCUCUUGUAAGUUUUUUUUAUACACCCCUUAUGAGAACUUAAUAGCCUUUUACAAAGUAUUGUAGCUUUCCAACUCUUAUGCAGCAAUGUUUAUUGGUAUUUUGCCAGGUGA